AUGAGUCCCGGAGACAAGUUGGGGACGCUGGUUUGGACCGGCGUUGGUUAUACCAGGGCAUUUGAUGUCAGUCUGCAGACAUACAAGGGCGAGCCGGUCAUUACCUUCUACAACGGCACGCUCUUAGAUGGGUUCGGCCAUGGUUCCUACUACAUCCUCGACCAAACCUACACCGAGAUCAAGCACUUCUCGCCCGUCGGCUAUGAGGACUUUGGCGACCUCCACGAGUUUCGCAUUACCGACGAUGACACCGCUCUGGUUACACUGUACAUCGUCAAGCAAGCCGACCUGACUUCUGUUAACGGAACCAGCGACGGCUAUUUCUAUGAGGGCUCCUUCCAGGAGAUCAAUCUCGAAACCGGCGAGCUGAUAUUCAUGUGGAACGCCACCGACCAUGUGGCCCUGAACGAGACGUACAACACUCUCGGGGACGCCGGCGACGAAACGACGCCGUUUGAUUUCUUUCACAUCAACUCGGUGACCAAGGACAGCGACGGCAACUACCUGAUCUCGUCGCGGACCAUGUGGACGGUGUACAAGAUCAACGGCACGACGGGCGACAUCAUCUGGCGCCUGCACGGGCGGCAGUCGGACUUUGACGUCGACGAUGACGCCGACUUCCACUGGCAGCACAACGCGCGCUGGGUCGACAGCACGCACAUCAGCAUCUUCGACAACCAGGGGGACGACGACGACACGUACUCGCGGGGCAUGCUGCUCGCCGUGGACGAGGACGCCAUGACGGUGACGCUGGAGCAGGAGUUCCACAACGGCGACUCGACCUACUCCCGGUACGAGGGCAACCUGCAGUGCCUCGACUGCGGCGACCUGUCCUCGACCAACUGGUUCCUGGGCUACGGCAAUCAGCCCUACUUCGCCGAGUUCGCCGCCGACGGCACCGUGGUCAUGGACGUCCAGUUCGCCGUGGACAACGCCGUCAACUCGUACCGCGCCUACAAGUACCCCCUGACCAGCUGGGUUGGCAGGCCUGCCACCAACCCCAACGUCUCCUGGGACGCCAGCGGCGAGGGCGUCUACCUCUCCUGGAACGGCGCCACAGAGGUUGACACCUGGGAGGUGUACACGGCCGACGGCACGAACAGCUCAGCCGACUGGACCAAGGUCGCGUCGGCGACCAGGACCGGCUUCGAGACCCUCGUGGACGUCUCCGGAUCUGAUAUGUCGACCUACGUGCGCGGCAAGGCGCUAAACUCGACCGGAGGAGUGCUGGGCCUGACCGAUGCUACGGACGGUGCGUCGUUCUACCAGCUCGACGACGAGUCCAACACGACUAGCACGGCCACGACUACUGCCGGCUCUGCAAUGGCCACAGCUACUGGUGGCACGCAAGAUGAUAGUUCGGGCGCUGCUCUGCUGCUGCCGGGCUUGAAGGUGACCUCGGCGGUUGUGGCUAUGAUCGCUGUCUUCCUUUCUGCAUAA